AUGGCUCCGAUAUGGACGUGGCGCAUCAAUGUUCUCUUUCUCGUCGCCGUCGCCCCUCUUCCAGAAGUCGGCGUAGAUGGGCUUCGCGCUGAUUCGACUGCUGGGGUGUCUGGCGGUCCCGCAAGCUUUUGCGUUUGGGCAUUCGAGGAUGUGCAGAGACGACACUCUCUCACGAGGAUUCAGGAGGAUGCCAAACAUAUAGGAAGAGCUGGUGCAUGCGCAUAUUGGCAGUUGUUCACCUCCAGGGCUGGUGUUCUCAGAGGAUGGCCCUCCACACAGCAAAGAUACAUAAGCGGAUCUGGAAAGCAGCUACAGGCUAGAGGAGAGCAUGAAGAGCUCACCAGCGACUCUGCGGCUGCAGCCAGACUUGAACGCAGACAUGGCAGCUUUUUCGGCACUGUUGCCGUUGCGAACUUGGCUGCUCAGACGAACAUCGAGCAUUUGAUCUCGCAGAUUCAGCCACUGCGCUGCGGACGUCCUGCAGACGCGUCCACAUAUCCAUCACAGCUGACUUUGUUGCUCACUCCAUCGUUCGCGAAGCAUGCCACAGACGCUGAACUGCCAAUUCGGGUCCUGGAACGAUUUCAUUCCCGUGCAGCGGUGGACAAGCCCAUUGAUGCUAUUACUGCUGUAGUCGACCGACUACCGAUACCUAACGGCUCUGAAUAUGGCUGCGAAGGCAUAGCAUACGCGCUCUUUACGGAGGCUAAGCCACUGGACACGGAGUCGCAAGUAGCUCUCCGCAAAGAGAAGACCAAGCCCGGCUCUCUGUGCUUCCAUAUCCCUACGUACAAAGGGUGUCAUCGGCUUUAUCACACGCAGAUUCAGUUGCCUUUGGCGCAAACGAUAUUCUCAACAGGCCUGCCAUCAACGUUGAUUCAUAAUCAUUACGAGCCCAGUAGCGGAGAUGGCAGACAAAGGCUAGUCCAAACUAGAGAGCUCGAAUCUCAUGAGGUCCGCCUCGCGGUGCGGAAUCUUGACCAGUCGCUCAGCUAUGACGCUCCACUGGUACCGUUGACUCCAUUCAGACUAAUCCAGAACUCCAUGGGCAACAUUGUUAGGACUUUGGCGCCUGUAACUGCGACAGAACAUCGACCCAUUUUCGAUCUGAAAGGCGACAAAGUUGCUUAUGAUCAGAAUAUUGGGGAAUAUAAGAGCCAAGAGGGAAGAGCUUUCCCAGCCUCACAGGAGCUUGAAGCGGCAGUUCAGGACUACUUCAAGAAGCUCGACAUCGUCCCGGAGCCAGUGCAGGUCUGGGCGCUGGUCAUCCCUUCGCCAACAAAAGUGAGCAACAGCGAGGACAACAGCUUGGCACAGCUCACGGCACUCGACAAGGAAGACAUUCGCUCACUGUGGUCACCGAUUCUCGAUCAACGCACACAGCCAGCGAAGGAGUUAAGUAAUGUCACUGGGGGCUAUCGAGCUGGAUUGCGCAAGGCGCAGUUUUUCCCUAUGUUGCUCGAAGGAGCACGCUUUAUCAAAGUUCUUUCUGGCGGCGGCGGAUGGGGCAAAAAGGCCGGUCUUCUCAGCUUCGACCCAGACUCUUCCUAUAGUACACGCGAAAUACGUAGCCAAACGGGUUGGAAUUUCUCCCUUGAUGAUGAGAAAGCCUUGCAGGAGUCCCAAAAGCAAGCUCUUGGAGAAGUCGUGAAAGAAGGGGAGCUGGUCGCGUUUUACAUGGCUAGGAGUGAAAAUGCUGAUACAGCAUUAAAGCAAGGACUUUUGGGUGAAGCUUCUUUGAAUGGGCCUACGCUUCAGGAAGCUGUCACGUUCGGCGCCAUCCCAUCAAGCAUCGAGAGUGCUUCAGGCAGGUCUGCUAUGUCUGAUGAUUCCGAUGAGUAUCGAAAUAGCAUUCGGCAUUUCGUCAAUCAAUUUGGAGCCCUUUCAGAGGGGGGCAUGGCAGUAACAUUGACCAAAGAUGGCACGGUGCUCACGCAAACGAAAAUGGAUAUGCCGUUCGGGAAGCUCAGACUAGCGCUUGGGUCGAAAGCAUCCGAGCAAUGA